AUGGUCAGCAUGGAAGGCCAUCUCCAGCCGGGUAGGGAAUUAAACAAAGAAGGUUUCCAGAAGCAACUGGCUACUUGCUGUCGAGCCCUACCUGACGCUUCACCAAGUGUUGGAAGAUCAGCUCGUUCAGAAGCCGAGAAACUGGGACAUUCAAUCAGGGUCGCUUACUCAUAUCUUCUGGGAAUUACAUCCAGUGCUAUCAUUGCCGCUUCCCGAUCACCUCUGUCCAUCACGUGCGGAUUCACCAGAAUAAUUGCGCCAGGACAGGAGGACGACUGUUCAAACGAGAGUGAUGUGAAUGUGAACAAUACACAUCCCACAAACCACAACACAACAUGCAUCAAGCUAGUAUUCAGUGGCUUAUCUACCCCUUACUUCACACGUGUAUCACAUGAUAAACGUACUGGCCGAUUUUCCGUCUCUCGCAUGAGUGAUGGCGCCCUGCAUUUAACCUGCAUUCGCUUCGAGUUCUAUGCUGGUGGUCUGCUACCCUUCUGUCAAAACAAUGGAGUUUACGAUUCACUUUACACUCGCCUGCAAAAGGCCUUGGGUGACAUCCGUCAUGUGAUUCUGUCACCAGCCGAUCCCUCAAGCGAAAAGAUGGGAGAAACAAUGGGUGAGGGAGGGGACAUAGUGCUGGCCUAUGUCAAGCAUUCUGAGCUACCUACACAUCCAACUGCUCAAUCAGGCGAUGUGGAAAAAACUGCCAGCACGAACGCCACUGAUACUGAUCAACCGUCAUUUCUUGCAAUGGCUCCAGCCAAGCACAGGUGGAGUCACGCGGACCCGAUCACGGAUGGCGUAGAACACCCAAAUCCUUCGUGA